GAAAUGAGGAAACGGGCCUUGGAGAACAUUGAGGAAAGGCGUAGAAUGGCCAUCAGGGAACGCUGUCUUCGACUGGCUGAUCGAGAGGAACCCAACGAUGGAAUUUCCUUGAAGUUCAAGUUCCCUGAUGGUUCAGUAAAGAUGGGCAAAUUUAAUGAAUCUGAGCCAAUUCAGGUUCUCUUUGACUUUAUUGGUCAAGCUGAGGAAGCCAGUGAAAUUUUUAAGGUGCAGGAAGCCACUAGUUGCACAGCCAUUGCGAGUACCUCAAGUGGGAUAAUUUCAGAGCAAGGAAUCAGGACUAAUUCCACAUUCUAUGUACUUUGGAUGUCAAGCAUGGAUGUUGAAGAAUGGAUUUCCAGUCAUAUGGAAAAUGAACAACCACAGACCACAGGGGCUGCCUCUGAGCUGCUCUUGAAUCCACAUGGUCUUCUGCCUUCCAGUCCAAUACCAGACUUGUCCCAGAUACCAAUUCUGAUAGAUGAUGAUGAUGA